AUGGCCCCUCUCGUGGAUAUCUGCACUGUCAACUCUAUUUCUCAAACUGAGAGCAAUCCUACAACGCCUACCAGAGGCAUUGGCAGGUUCGGAACCCCGCGAACCGUUUUCUCGCCUGUAAGAUACUCUCCUGCCAAGCCUGCUGCUUGCAACUACGACGGUGAGACGUACUUCAGCAGCGUGCUUCUGAAGAGCGCAGGGCCGCUGCUGGAGAAUCUGGCGAAGCACCUCCCUGACGGCCAGCACAAGCCCGUCGUGAAGGUGCAGGUUGUACCUGAUGUGAAGCGGCCUGGAAUCGGCCGCUUCGGAGGCAAGCCUGCUGCUGCCAUGGUUGCACCUGUGGUUGUCCCUGCUGCUCCCUCACCAUCUGAUGCUGCUGCAGUCACACCGUCUGCUGUGGUUGCGCCUGUGGUGGUGCCUGAGGUAGCGCCUGUGGCUCCAGUGGCUUCAACCACACCACAUGUGGCUGAUGCGAGUGUGACCACAGAAGCAAUAUCCGAGGAGGCGAGUGCAUGCGUUGCUGAUCCGAGUGAGAAAGCGAGGUGGUCGAAGCUGCGUGACAAGGUUUGA